CCCUCGGGGCCAUCAGUCUGUCUGUCCGCGUGCCAGUCUGUCCGCGCGGCCCCGCCCUGCGCGCCCCGCCCCCGGCCCCGCCCGAGCCCGCGGCCCGCGCGCCGCCCCUCACCCUUCCUCGCGGUCCCCUAUGGUUUCCACCUCGGUGCGGUCCUGGGUCGCAGCCCGGGCCUCGACCCCGCCCCCUCAGCCCGCAUCUCCCCCUCCCCCUUCCGGGCCCUGAAAAAGGGGUGACAGUGGCGGAGGGCCCGGGCUUGAGGAAAGGGGGCUGGUUCAGGGAAGGACCCGCGCGCCCCGUGAGGGCUUCCCCCCUGCAGGCGUCUGCCGAGGCUCCCUGGAAACCAGCCCCCAUCCCAGCGCCCUCCUCAGCAUCCUCAGCCCCAGUCACCCUCCCGACCACCACCCCCUGCUCCCAGCAGCCCCUUUCUCAUUCCUGAGCCCCACCCCCAUCUCACUCCAUCCCCUGCCUGACCCCUUUCUUUUUCAUUUUCAUCCCACGCCACACGCUCUCAAUCCUCCCACCGACAUCGAUCUGAACCUUUAUCGAAGUCUCUUCUCCCGCCGCUUCCCGAUCCUUCGAUCCUUACUCUACCCUCGAGGCCAACCUUGCGCCUCACGUCUCCGCUCCACUUGAGCCUUGGGGCUUCUCCAUCUCCUUGUCUUCAUCUCCCCCCCUCCAUACUGCUCCCGCUCAUUCAUCCAUUCAUUCCCUCGCUCCACAGACAUUCACUGAGACCUCCUCUGUGCAGGCCCCAUGCUCCAGGCACAGAAACAGUCAGAUCCCAUCCUGCCUUGGGGAGCUUCAUGGGCUGGCAGGGGACAGACUCUGAGGGCCCGCAGCACUGACAGCCUGGAUGGCCCAGGGGAGGGCUCAGUGCAGCCCGUACCCCCUACUGGGGGGCCCGGCACAAAAGGGAAGCCAGGGAAGAGGCUGUCAGCUCCUCGAGGCCCUUUCCCCCGGCUGGCUGACUGCGCCCAUUUCCACUAUGAGAAUGUUGACUUUGGCCACAUUCAGCUCCUGCUGUCUCCAGAGCGUGAGGGCCCCAGCCUCUCUGGAGAAAAUGAGCUGGUCUUUGGGGUACAGGUGACCUGUCAGGGCCGCUCCUGGCCAGUUCUCCGGAGCUAUGACGAUUUCCGUUCUCUGGAUGCCCAUCUCCACCGGUGCAUAUUUGACCGGAGAUUUUCCUGCCUCCCAGAGCUCCCUCCACCUCCAGAAGGUGCCAGGGCUGCACAGAUGCUGGUGCCACUGCUGCUGCAGUACCUGGAGACCCUGUCAGGACUGGUGGACAGUAACCUCAACUGUGGGCCUGUGCUCACUUGGAUGGAGCUGGACAACCACGGCCGGCGCCUGCUCCUCAGUGAGGAAGCCUCCCUCAAUAUCCCCGCUGUGGCCGCUGCCCAUGUGGUCAAGCGCUACACUGCCCAGGCACCCGAUGAGCUGUCCUUUGAGGUAGGAGACAUCGUCUCCGUGAUCGACAUGCCACCUACAGAGGAUCGGAGCUGGUGGCGGGGCAAACGGGGCUUCCAGGUCGGCUUCUUCCCCAGUGAGUGUGUGGAGCUCUUCACAGAGAGGCCAGGGCCUGGCCUAAAGGCAGAUGCUGACAGUCCCCUGUGUGGCAUCCCAGCUCCCCAGGGUAUUUCUUCUCUGACCUCAGCUGUGCCCCGGCCACGUGGGAAGCUGGCAGGACUCCUCCGCACCUUCAUGCGCUCUCGUCCUUCUCGCCAGCGGCUGCGCCAGCGGGGAAUCCUGCGCCAGAGGGUAUUUGGCUGUGAUCUUGGAGAGCACCUCAGCAACUCAGGCCAAGAUGUGCCCCAAGUGCUGCGCUGCUGCUCUGAGUUUAUUGAGGCCCAUGGUGUGGUGGAUGGAAUCUACCGGCUCUCAGGCGUGUCCUCCAACAUCCAGAGGCUUCGGCAUGAGUUUGAUAGUGAGAGGAUCCCUGAGCUGUCUGGCCCCGCCUUCCUACAAGACAUCCACAGUGUGUCCUCCCUCUGCAAGCUCUACUUCCGGGAACUGCCCAACCCUUUGCUCACCUACCAGCUCUAUGGGAAGUUCAGUGAGGCUAUGUCAGUGCCUGGGGAGGAAGAACGCCUGGUGCGAGUCCACGAUGUCAUCCAGCAGCUGCCUCCACCACACUACAGGACCCUGGAGUACCUGCUGAGGCACUUGGCCCGCAUGGCGAGACACAGCGCUAACACCAGCAUGCAUGCCCGCAACCUGGCCAUUGUCUGGGCACCCAACCUGCUACGGUCUAUGGAGCUGGAGUCAGUGGGGCUGGGUGGGGCAGCUGCCUUCCGGGAGGUCCGGGUGCAGUCCGUGGUGGUGGAGUUCCUGCUCACCCACGUGGAGGUCCUGUUCAGCGAUACCUUCACCUCUGCUGGCCUGGACCCUGCAGGUCGCUGUCUCCUUCCCAGACCUAAGUCCCUUGCGGGGAGCAGUCCCUCCACCCGCCUGCUGACACUGGAAGAAGCCCAGGCAAGAACUCAGGGCCGUCUGGGAACACCGACGGAGCCCGCGAUUCCUAAAACGCCCGCCUCGCCAGUGGAAAGAAGGAAAAGAGAGAGGGCGGAGAAACAAAGGAAGCCAGGGGGUAGCAGCUGGAAGACUUUCUUCGCUCUGGGGCGGGGCCCCAGCAUACCGCGGAAGAAGCCGCUGCCGUGGCUAGGUGGCAGCCGAGCCCCGCCACAGCCUUCAGGCAGCAGACCUGACACUGUCACACUGAGAUCUGCCAAAAGUGAGGAGUCUCUGUCAUCCCAGGCCAGCGGGGCUGGCCUCCAGAGGCUGCACCGCCUGCGCCGACCCCACUCCAGCAGCGAUGCUUUUCCUGUGGGCCCAGCACCUGCUGGCUCCUGCGAGAGCUUGUCUUCUUCCUCCUCUUCCUCUUCCUCUUCCUCCUCCUCCUCCUCAGAGUCCUCAGCACCUGGCCUGGGGCCACUCUCUGGCUCCCCCUCACACCGCACCUCAGCCUGGCUAGAUGAUGGUGACGAACUGGAUUUCAGUCCACCCCGCUGUCUGGAAGGACUUCGGGGACUUGACUUUGAUCCCCUUACCUUUCGCUGCAGCAGUCCCACCCCAGGGGACCCUGCACCUCCUGCCAGCCCAGCACCUCCAGCCUCAGCCUCUGCCUUCCCACCUCGUGCAACCCCACAGGCUCUGUCACCCCAUGGACCCACCAAGCCUGCUUCGCCAACCGCCCUGGACAUCUCGGAGCCUCUGGCUGUGUCAGUACCACCUGCUGUCCUGGAACUGCUGGGGGCAGGAGGACCACCUGCCUCGGCCACCCCAACACCCGCUCUGAGUCCUAACCCGGGACUGCGCCCCCAUUUCAUUCCCCUGCUGCUGCGUGGAGCUGAGGCACAGCUAAGUGACACCUGCCAACAGGAGAGCAGCAGCAAGCCAGCGCCAGCCCGGGGAGCUCCUGGCCAGCACGGUCCUGGCGGCAUGGAUUCACCAUUAUUGCCCCCACCCUUGUCCCUGCUGCGCCCUGGUGGGGCCCCACCCCCUCCCCCUAAGAACCCAGCGCGCCUCAUGGCCCUGGCCCUGGCUGAGCGGGCUCAGCAGGUAGAACAACAGAGCCAACAAGAGCAGGGGGGCACCCCACCUGCUCCCCACUCCCCAUUCCGACGCUCACUCUCCCUAGAAGUGGGUGGGGAGCCUGUGGGGACUUCAGGGAGUGGGCUACACCCUCCCUCCUCAGCCCACCCAGGUGCCUGGGCUCCAGGUCCCCCACCUUACCUCCCAAGGCAACAGAGUGAUGGGAGCCUGGUUAGAAGCCAGCGGCCCUUGGGGACCUCAAGAAGGGGUCCUAGAGGGCCUUCCCAGGUCAGUGCCCAUCUCAGGGCAAGUGGGGCUUACAGGGAUGCUCCAGAGAUGGCAGCCCAGUCACCAUGUUCUGUCCCCUCACAGGGUUCUAACCCCAGCUUCUUCUCAACCCCCAGAGAGUGUCUGCCGCCUUUCCUUGGUGUCCCCAAACAAGGCUUGUACUCUCUGGGUGCCCCAUCCUUCCCACCUAGCUCUCCAGCCCCAGUCUGGAGGAACUCUUUAGGCGCCCCCUCAGCGCUGGACAGGGGAGAGAAUCUGUACUAUGAGAUUGGGGGAGGGGAGGGGACCUCCUACUCAGGCCCCAGCCGGUCCUGGAGUCCGUUUCGCUCCAUGCCUCCCGACAGGCUCAAUGCCUCAUAUGGUGUGCUUGGCCAGUCACCACCGCUCCACAGGUCCCCCGAUUUCCUGCUCAACUACCCACCGCCCCCCUCCUGCUUUCCCCCGGACCACCUUACCACCUCAGUUUCCCAGCACCUUGCCCGGCGCCCUACCCGGCCUGAACCACUCUAUGUCAACCUAGCCCUAGGGCCCAGGGGACCUUCACCUGCCUCCUCUUCCUCCUCCUCUCCUCCUGCCCACCCCCGAAGCCGGUCAGAUCCUGGGCCCCCUGUUCCCCGUCUCCCUCAGAAACAGCGGGCUCCUUGGGGUCCCCGUGCCCCCCAUCGGGUGCCUGGACCUUGGGGCUCUCCUGAGCCUUUCCUGCUCUGUAGGCCAGCUCCGCCGUCCUAUGGGAGGGCAGGGGAGGUCCAAGGAUCCUUGUACAGAAAUGGAGGACACAGAGGGGAGGGGGCUGGUCCCCCUCCUCCUUACCCCACCCCCAGCUGGUCCUUACAUUCAGAAGAACAGACCAGAAGUUACUGCUGAGAUAGGACCAGGAAAGGACCCUCCCCGCAUUCGAUCUUGGCCCAAGUCAAUCCCUUGUUUUGUAUUUUCUUGAGCUCACCGCCCUAUCCCAGGUUUCUAACUUUGUAAAUUGCUCUGAUGUGGGUCCCUAAGCCCCAAUCAUUGUGUCCCUAUCAUGGAUUGCAGGAUAUGACCACCCCACCUCCCUCCUGGAGCCCUUGCACAAUUGGGGGGGGGGGCGGGCAAGGCUGACACCCUGUCCUCCUCCCUCUGGGAGCCUCCAGCCUGUACACAGAGGGUGGGGAGACAGUUCUUGCUCACCCCUCCCCAUACACCCCACCCACUAAACCACCUGACGACAUUAAUGAAUAAAAAUGGCAGAAAUGUG